AUGCAUUUGUUAUAUAAAAAUAGUAUCUUAUUAUUUUAUUGUGUUGUUUUGUUUGUAAACACACGUUUAAAACAAUUUAGUAAAACCGUUAUGAUUGCAGCAAUAUCGCCAGCAGACAUUAAUUACGAUGAAACGUUAUCCACGCUACGUUAUGCAGAUCGAGCGAAACAAAUUAAAAAUACAGUUUUAAUUAAUGAAGAUCCAAUGGAAUCACUAAUUCGUGAAUUAAAAGCAGAAAAUGAACGUCUAAAGAAAACCUUAAACUCUGCUGAACUACCUUCAUCAGUGGUCGUAAAAGGUCUUACACCAAAAGAAAUAGAAGAUCUUAAAAACCAAAUGAGAAAAGAAAUGAUGGAACAGAUGGAAACUAACCUGGCUACAAUCGAAGCUCAGAAUCAAGCUGCAUUUGAUGAGAAAUUGAGACAAGCUCGAUUAGAAAUAACUCAGCAAACAGUUGAACUUCCUAAAAAAUCAGGUGACUCACGUAUUUCGUCAAAAUCAAAACCAUACUUAUCAAAUCUGAAUGAGGACCCACAACUGUCUGGAAUUAUUAUUCACGUUUUAUCUCAUAAACAAACAGGAAUCGGUCGUGAACCGCCAAGUGAAUCGCAAUCUAACGAAAAAUCUAAAAUAUUUUGGAUUCAAAUGAAAGGUUUAUGUAUGGUUGAUGAACAUGCUUUAUUAAUAAGACAUGGAAAGACUGGUGCAGAAGUAGAACUACGUGCUUUACCCAAUGCUGUUCGAAUGACAAAAGUAAAUGGUGUUACCGUGAAGAAUUCUGUUACACUUCAUCAUAAGGAUCGCAUAUUAUUUGGCUCACAUCAACUAUACAUAUUCCAUAAUCCAUUAUCAAAAGAAUUUGCUGAUGAGUCAAAAUCUGGUAUGGAACCAGAAACAAUUGACUGGGAAUUCGCACAACGUGAAUUAGCUCAAGCUACAGGUUUCGAACAGUUUAGCAAUAAACCUAGAAAGAAGGAAGAAGCAAUAUUGCAGCAACAAUUACUUGAGCUAUUACCAAUGGUAAAUGAAGUCAACGCUAUAGCAGAUGAAUUGAAUAAACAAAGAACAUUUGAAGUGAUUUUACUGCCACCAACUGCACAAGCUUUAAAAUACGGUGAAUCAAAGCGUACGAAAGUUAUGGUUCGCAUGAUUUGUACGAAUACAGGUCAAAUGUGCUUGUGGGAAAGAGAAAAAUUCAUGACAAGAAGAUUUUUAAUGCAGGAUAUGUAUCAAAAAAGUUUGAGUAAACAACUAGAGGAUUAUUUACAAGAAUCUGAUCCAUUUUGGGAACCAUUAGAAGAUUUAUUUAUUGGUAUAGCACCAGCAUUUCUUCGCGCAUUAGCUUAUCGACUUGAUGUGGAUGAAGAAUUAAAAAUUAUGGAUUUUGUUGGUGAUGAGUUGGGAACUAUUAAUAUAAAAUUGAUACCUUGUUCAGCGUCUAAUUCAAAGUCUGCGUUACCAGCAAAUAAUGCCUCUUCUAACAAAAAGGAUGACGUAACGUUUAUCGAAGAUCCUAGAGAAUUAAUUGGGAAGCCUUACAGCUUCAAGAUAAUAUUAGGUUCGCUGAAUUUAUAUGACUCAGAACAGAAUAAACACAAAUAUACAGUGUAUUAUCGUAUAUUUAAAGAAUCGGAAUUAACAGCAGCCAAGAUGGAAUCUAAUAAAUUACAUACACGUUUAUAUUCAAUAGAUCAAAUUACACAUGAACAUUUAGACUAUUUUCAUUCAGAAUUUAUAUGUUUCAUGAUUUAUUGUUCACAAUUUGAAAAAGAUGUUAAAAAAACGUUCGAUGUUUAUUCACCUGCACCGUUACUUUCAAGACGAUAUUCUCGCCUAUCUGUCGAAGAAUUGGAUGAUAUCAGUAAAUUAAAAACAGAGUUAACUAUUUUACAAAGAGGAUUGGAUUCAUUUUCGAAAAAAGAUAAACAACUAGAUAAACUGUAUAAAUCUUGGGCUAACAAAUCUUCAUCAGCUGAUAAUUUCAAAUUAUUAUUAGAGGAUGUUCACAAAUUAGUUAACAUGAAAGUUCCUUCCAUUAAUCUAUCAACUGCAUUAGAAAAGAAAACUAACGAUUAA